ACUACUGCUCUAAGAAACUGUAGCAACCAUCUCGGACUCCUGUACCUCACCGCCUCUAAACACACACCCUCUCCCACCAGAUGGGGCCCUCCUUCAACUGCUGGCCAACUUCCAGGAUGUUCAUGAACUUGAAGCGCAUUCGAAAAUGCCAGUUGGUGCAGCUGAUGACAAGCUGCCUGCUGCUAUCGGUGGUAAUGAUCUGCUGGGAGCAGCUGGACUCGGUCGUUGUCAGCCAUGUCAAGUCCUACUCCUUCCGCUACCUCAACAGCUUCUGCUACGUUAAUAGGAGUCUCACCAUUCCUCGCGAGGAGGCCAGAAGCUUCAGUGACUUCCCCUACCUUUUGGACCACCCCGAAAAGUGCGCAGACGAGGACGUCCUCCUCCUUGUCUUCGUAAAAUCCUUCCCGGAGAAUUUCGAGCGUCGAAACGCCAUCAGAUUCACCUGGGGCAACGAGAGGUACAUCCAAAAUACCCUGGGCAUGACGGUCAAGGUUCUGUUCGCCUUGGGAACUGUUGAGAGGAAAAUGACCGAGUCUUUUUGGAGCAAAAAGAGCGACAGCAGCUUCCGGAGGAAGCUUGUCCGCGAGGACACUCUCUAUGGCGACUUGAUCCAGAAGAACUUCAAGGACUCCUUCCACAACCUGACCCUCAAACUCAUCAUGCAGUUCCACUGGAUGCACAGCCGCUGCGCCCACGCCCGCUUCUUCAUGACCACAGACGACGACGUCUUUGUCCACAUGCCCAACUUGGUGAGGUACCUGCAGGAGCUGAGCAGCAAGGGGGUCACCGACUUCUGGACAGGGAGAGUGCACAUCGGAGCGCCGCCCAUCCGCAGCAAAGACAGCAAGUACUACGUUCCCUAUGAGAUGUACCAGUGGUCAGCUUACCCCGACUACACGGCUGGGGCCGGCUACGUCGUCUCCGGCGAUGUGGCCCAUAAAAUCUACCACGCCACACUGACCCUGAAUGCCUCCCUCUACAUCGACGAUGUGUUCAUGGGCAUCUGCGCCAACGCCGUCAACGUGUCGCCACAGCAGCAUGUUUAUUUCGCGGGAGAGGGCAAGGCACCGUACCACCCAUGUAUCUACAGCCAGAUGAUGACCUCUCACGGCCAUGUGAAGGACAUUUAUGAUCUAUGGCGGGUGGCAACGCACCCAAAGGUCCAGCAGAGCACCUCAGGACUGUUUGGGAAGCUGUACUGUACUGUAGUGAGAAUGUAUCUCCUCUGUAAACCCCAGUUUGUUGACACCUAUCCUUGCAAAGCAGCAUUUUUGUAGUGCAAAGAGGAAGUGAGAGUCCACUAUAACACCGACAGUGAUGACCGAUGGGUUCAUUUCUAGAAGUAUUACCUCAGUCCUUUCCCUAGGAUCUCUACCCACACAGUGGUUUACUGCUGCAGACGAAGCCAGAGAGAACGGGUUGUUUUAUUAUGGCUAGAGUGAGACCUCCAACUUGUCUAUGAUUCUUUGUCGUGGUUGUUUUUAAAGUGCAGAUGUUGUGGGCCGACCACAGAAUGUGAAAUUAAAGUUCUGCAAAGAUG